AUGUCCGAAAGCCCCGUUUCCUCGUCCGGUGGUGACUCCAAAUCCAACACCGAUCAAAUUCACUUCAAGUUUUGUCGCGAAUGCUCCAACCUGCUCUACCCGAAAGAAGAUCGUGUGCAGAAUCGACUCAUGUUUACCUGCCGUACCUGCCAUGUCGCGGAACCCGCCACGUCUGCUUGCGUUUACCAGAAUAAACUCAACCUCCAGGUUGGCGAUACCGCCGGAGUCACCCAGGAUGUGGGAUCCGAUCCAACGGUUGGUAUCCCAGAGUUCUGUCUGCAUUGCGGCGAAGAGCUAGCCUGUUCCAAGUGUGGAAUUAUGUCGUCUGGCAGUUGUGCCGAUGACAGUCUGCAGGAUGAAAUCGAAGAACUUGAUUUUUUCUCAAUGACAUGA